UUGUGUGUGGGUGUUUAUGGAGAAAUAAGAGCGGGCAUGGUGGGAGAAGAGUUUGUACUGCCUUGAAGUGAGGUGUAUUUGUGUGUGUAUGCUGGUACAGUAUGUCUCUCAGAGAUCCUCCGUAUGAACCCCCGUCAGUCUCAGAGCUGACCGAGUUCCUGUUGGCCGACAGACGACCGACUGGACACGUCAAUCAAGUGUGGCCCAACCUUUACAUCGGCAACGAGGUGGCAGCUCGUGACAAGGGAACGCUCCACAGUCUGGGCAUAACUCACAUCGUUAAUGCUGCUCAUGGACCGCCCAGCCCCGGCCCUGGACCCUGUUUCUAUGUCAACACUGGUCCGCGUUUCUACAGAGACCUGACCGUGGAUUAUUAUGGGGUGGAGGCUGAUGAUGCAAUAGAGUUCAUCCUCAGUCCGUUCUUCUAUCCAACCGCACGAUACAUCAGAGCUGCGCUGGCCAUGGGAGGACGGGUGUUUGUUCACUGUCUGAUGGGUGUGAGUCGCUCUGCAACCUUAGUGCUGGCCUUCCUCAUGAUCACCGAGGGCCUGAGGUUGAAGGAAGCCGUGGCUGCCGUCAGACCACACCGAGACAUCUGUCCCAACCCGGGAUUCCUGCAGCAGCUCCGCAGCCUCGACAUGAGCCUGGAGAGGGAGAGGAGGAGACGGCGACAGGCCCAAACACUAGGUCAGUUAACCCGGCAGGAGGAAACGCCGUCUCUGACAGAGCUAAGGCAAAUUCUCUGGACUAACAGGAAGCCAGUGGCGCCUUUCAGUCAAGUCUGGCCGAACCUCUACAUUGGAGAUGAAUCUGUGGCACGAGAUAAACCCACACUCUCAUCUCUGGGUGUUACUCACAUACUGAACGCUGCAGCAGGUCGACAUCGUAUCAACACAGGUCAGCAGUUCUACAGUGAUCUUCAAGUGGAAUAUUACGGUGUCGAAGCUGCAGAUCAUCCAGAGUUUGAUCUCCAGCCUUUCUUCAGCUCCGCUGCACAGUUCAUAGACGGAGCUCUGAGGGAAAAUGGGAAGGUGUUUGUUCACUGUGCCAUGGGUGUCAGCCGCUCUGGAGCUCUGGUUUUGGCGUAUCUGAUGAUCUGCCACGGCCUGCCUUUAGUGGAGUCCAUCAUCGCUGUGCGCCUGAACCGAGACAUUGGACCAAACUCUGGAUUUCUGGAGCAGCUCAGACAUCUGGAUCUGAGUCUCAGUCCACAGAGCAGACGGAUCACAAAGCAGGACGACAUGUCCUCCUGUGCGGUGAAGUCCAGAAGCAGGAACCCGUACGCAGCAGUGCAGGUGGACCCAGAUAGUGACUAUAUCACACCAGGAACAUUAGACCUGGAGCAGAUGUUCUGGAGUGGCAGCGCAGUUCAGUAUACACAUGUCAAUGAGGUCUGGCCCAGCAUCUACAUCGGGGACGAGAAAACAGCUCUGGAGUGUGCAGGCCUGAGGGAUCUGGGUGUCACACAUGUCCUGAAUGCAGCAGAGGGAAAAUUUAACAACGUGCUGACUGGAGCUGAUUACUACAGUGACACAGACAUCCAGUACUUUGGUGUAGAAGCUGAUGAUAAACCCACGUUCAACAUCUCCCAGUACUUCUGUUCUGCAGCCCAGUUCAUCCAUGAGGCCCUCGUUCAACCACAGAACAAGGUGCUGGUGCACUGCGUAAUGGGUCGGAGCAGGUCAGCAACCCUGGUGUUGGCAUACCUGAUGAUGAAACACAGCUUAACUGUAGUAGAUGCUAUUGAGCAUGUGCGACAGCGCCGUUGUAUUCUGCCUAAUCACGGCUUCCUGAAACAGCUCAGAGCCUUGGACAUUGCAUUGCAAGAGGAAAGACUGCAACAAAAGAGAGAAACGCAAGAAAACAGUACACAACAGAUAACAUGUCUCUAAUAUAAUGAUGUGCAUAUUGGACUGUUCAUGUUUCUUUAAUCAUGGUAUCAUUAAACUGUUUUGUUUUUCCACAACUGUCUCAUGUCGAUCUUUUGAAAUAGGCCACAGAAUUAACAGAAAGGAUCUGGCUCAGUCAGGUAUUCUGUUUUAGCGAGUAUACGUGGCACAGCUUAGCAUGAGAUGAUCACAUCUAGCCUGGAUGCUGCAUCUUGUGAGGAGCAAAACUGUAAUUCUGAUUCAGGGAGGGGACAAAAUGUGAUAUUUAUUAAACUUUUGUCAUCACUCAGG